AGAGCUUGCUAGCUAGGCAUUUUGGUCAUUUUACAAAUCUCUCCGCAUUCAUUGUAUCAAAUGGUGAAUCCGCUGGUACUUUACCCCCGCUCCUCAGCUUUCCCUUUUCCACCAUCUUCUUCCAACCACUGCGAACGCCAAAAUUUCAGAAAUAUGAGUCCCAUCUUUCCUCUCGCUUAGGCCAAACAUAUUGCGCAAGAUCUUGUAAACUUUCUGUGGAAAGCAAAGCAUGGAAUCCACCAAACCCACAACCUCCCAUGUUCCCUAGCUAGUACUAUAUAUAUAUAUAUAUAUAUAUAUGUUGAGCCUUGCACAAGAGCUAGAUUUCCCCUUCGCUGGAGAGAGCUGAUGAUCAGUAGGAAAGAGAGAGAGCAAGAGUACGUAAGACAGUCGAUCCUCCACAUCUCUGGCGGCCUAGCUUCACGAGAUCAGUCCCGGCCCCCUCCCUUUCCCGGCCGCACCACAAUAUUCUUCCAUCACUUCAUAUCCUAUCCUUAAUUUCUCCCAUAAAAUACUAUUCCUCAUCCUCCAUCGAUCUCUUUCCCCCUAAUCAUCGGAAGCCAAAACUUUGAAUUACAUCUGCAGAUCACUCCUCCUCUCCUCUUGCAUCAGCAUAGCAUAGAGAAGAUUAAUUAUUACCACCUGCACAAACUAGCUAGCUACCUAUUUCCACUCUCAUCUGAGUUUGUCCUUUUUUCCUUUCUUCUUUUUUUUUUUUCUUUUUUUUUUUUUCUUUUUUCAUCUGGUGCUCUCUCUCUCUCUCUCUCUCUCUCUCUCUCUCUCUCUCUCUCUCAGAGGUGACCAUCAUCAUCCUAACAUGCCACCCAUAUAAUUAAUGUAAGCCACUUAUAAUUUCACGUACAACUACUCUUGUUCACACAUACACGCUCACACCCCAGACUCGAUCGAAGUAGUCUCCUAUAACUGAUCUCUCCUCCUCCCAUUCCAAACGAAAAGUUACCUAGCUGGGCAGCCGACAACCCUAACAGUAGCGGUACACUCGAUCGAUCGAUCGAUCGAGUCGAGUCCAUCCAGUUCCGCCCGCCAUGAACGUAUUCCCCAACACACCCGACAGCCCUCCUUCCGAUCCCUUCAUCUCCGCCGCCGCCGCCGCCGCCUCGUCCUCCUCCUCGGCCGCAGCCGCAGCCGCAGCCGCCGCGGCGUCUUCGUCCUCGUCGUUGUCGUCUCAAUCGCAGUCGCAGUCGCCUUCGCUGAGCCGGUACGAGUCGCAGAAGCGGCGGGACUGGAACACGUUCGGGCAGUACCUGAAGAACCACCGGCCGCCGCUGUCGCUGUCGCGGUGCAGCGGGGCGCACGUGCUGGAGUUCCUGCGAUACCUGGACCAGUUCGGGAAGACGAAGGUGCACACGCAGAUGUGCCCCUUCUACGGCCACCCCAACCCCCCGGCCCCAUGCCCCUGCCCACUCCGCCAGGCCUGGGGCUCCCUCGACGCGCUCAUCGGCCGCCUCCGCGCCGCCUUCGAAGAGAACGGGGGCAAGCCCGAGGACAACCCCUUCGGGGCCCGUGCUGUCAGGCUCUACCUCCGCGAAGUCCGCGAGCUGCAGGCCAAGGCCCGCGGCAUCAGCUACGAGAAGAAGAAGCGCAAAAAGCCUGCAGCCCAGCACCCAACUCAGUCCGCCUCAACGCACGGCAGCGCCACCGACGGCUGCGGCCCCUCGUCCGAAAGAAACCCUCCUCCUCCUGCUACAGCAAGCAAGCAAGCAAGCAACUACCGAUCGAGAGCACACGUACACGAACGUACCUCUAUCUAUGAUCACUUUGAUAGAUAGAUGUUAGAGCUGAGGGUUUCUCAGCUUGCCGGUGCGAUCUUAAUUAUUGCUCGGUUAGCGGCGGCGGCGGCAGCAGCAGCAGCAGCAGUGGGCCGGGAAGAGAAGGGAAGGGAAGGCUAUUAGGGAAUUAGCUAGGGAAGGGAAGGGGAGGAGUAUAAUAGUAAUAAUAAUAAUAUAAUAUUAGUUUUAGUGUAGUAGUAGUAGUAGUAGGAGGAGGAGGAAGAGGAGGAGGAGGCAGCUUGCUAAGUAGCUAAUAAUAGUAGUAUUACAAGUUGUAGCUAGGUUCUAUUACUUACUUACUGGUGGAAUUAGCGGUAGACAAAUCGAGCAAGCGGUACUGUGGAUGGCACUGAUAGAUCAUUGCUUGAUGGAAUGUACUUUGGGGGUGAGGGUGGGUUGCAUUGGAUUCGGACAUCACAUUCUCCUUUGCGGAUUGUUUCUUUUUAUGGUAUUAAAGUAGCGGUGGGAGCUCCAUGGGGGAGACCAUAAGGCACUGUAUGGAGGAGUUGCCUUGUCCACAUGUUCAUGGCUUAAGACUGUGGAGUCACUGCAUAUAUAUUAUGUCUUGUGAAGCCCUUUCCGGCUACUCUUUUUUAGUGUAUGUUUACUUAAUUUGUGUUUCCUCAUUUUGAGAACAUCUAAAUCUGCUCCGAGUUUCUGGAGCUUUGCUUCUGGUUAUUCGGAUUGCUUAUAAAUUUUCUUGUUGUGGAGGUAAUUAAAGAGCCGAGUUUGUCUUCUCAGGCUAGGCUGAAUGCUUCAGCUAGCGUUUUUUAAUUUUAA